AUGGUUAAGAUAUCAAGUUCGAUAAAACUUAAUUUGAAACCUAUACGAAUACGAUUUUAUUCAGUUAAAACUACAUUAAAAACAUAUAACAUAGAUGAAGAUGGUUUUAAAAAGGUUCAUAUAGCUAUCAAUCUUUUAUUUCCUGGGUUGGGCCAUUCGUCUGUUUAUGAAAUAACUAGUGAAUUCAUAAAAGAAAUACCACCAAAUAUACUACAGAAAGAAAAGAUACGUAAAAUGGAGUUGAUUGAAGAUUCAGGUCAUAUUCUAGAAAAUUUAGAGUUUGCUUUUCCAUAUUUGCCAACUUCAAUUAUUGAUGAAUCCUUUUACAUGCAAAUUAAAAAUGAGUAUGAAUUAAUUGAAAAUCAUAAUGAAUUACCAAAAGCAUUGCCUAAAUUAAUAAAAUCAGCUAAUAUGUAUCCAUUAAUCUUUUGUGGUAAAGAAGAUUUAAUACCAGAAUUAUUUCAAAAAGUAUAUGAUCAAGAAUGUCAAAAUAAAGAAGAAAUUAUUUCAAUUCUUAAAGCUUUAAAAGAAUUCGGUGAAAAAUCAUUUUUAUAUCAUCAAACAUUGUAUAAUGAUCAAGUGGUGACGUUGAAACCAGGCCAGUAUGAAAAAUUAAUAUCGAAUUCAUUCAUACCAAAAUGUAUUUCAUACGAAUUUCGAAAAAUAAAUGAUUUUCAAACUUCAGAAUCUUGUGAAAAUAUAUUUUAUCAAUGGUUAGGAUUUGUUACUUUAGUUGAUGGAGCUUUACCCAAAAAAUUCAUGAAGGAAUUUGAAUGGUGGAAAAAUGUAAGACCUGAUCAGCCAAGUGGCGAACCUACUGAUUUAGUUUCUAAGGAAGAAUUGAUUGAAAUCAAAAAUAGAUUGUACUUUUAUACAAAUUUUGCUGAUUAUAGUUUACGGACACUAGUUCAUCGAAAUUUCAUACUUCAUGAAACAAGAAAGUAUAAAUCCGAAUGGUUAAAAAUUUAUAAAUCAAUAGUCACUGAUCAAUUCAAAAAACAAUUGAAUAUGGCAAUUUAUGGAUACUUAGUAUUACAAGACUCAAAGUUAGAAUCAGACACAAUUAAUAAAAUUAUCGGUCCUUCCAAAUAUUCAAUAUUUCUAUCUAAACCAAACUUAUCGUUAUAUCAAAUGAUGAAGAUGUCCAAUCAUGUAAAUAGUCAAGAUAUAAUCUAUCCAAUCAUAUCAAACUUGGGUACUAGUCUAAAUACUCACGAAGUUCCAAAAAUGAUAAUCAACAACAAUGUAAUUAACAAAAUCUUAACACUUAAUCACCUACAAACUAAUAACAAUUUCAUUAAAAACUUUGCAACUGCUUCAAAUUUAGCGUAUGAUUAUUAUUUGAGACGUGUCAUUACACAAUACAAAUUUGAUGAAUAUAGUAUAGAUGUCAAAACUAGAUUACUUGAAAUUUUGAAUGGUUCAUUAUUUAAAGAGUAUUAUGUUGAUCAAUAUAUGAAAUUUUUUAAUACUCAAAAAGAUCAUACAAAGUUUUACAAUGAAUAUUUGACUAAUCUUCACAAAUCUAAUUAUUAUGCGUCUCAAUUUGAUCAAAUUUUUGGAUGUUUAUCAGAAGAAUCAAAAUUCAAAUUUUGUAAAACUAUGAUUCAUAAUAUAUUCAAGAUGUUGGCAUAUGUGAAAGAUGAUUAUAAAUUAAUAGACGUAUUCUUCAAAGAAUUUAACAAUCAGUUAAAAAAACGUCAAAGUAAAGAAUUAGAAUCAGUAUUGAUGAAAGAGCCGUUAAAUAUAGUUCGUGUUGCGCCUAGAGCAAGUCUAGAAGUAGUUGAAUUAAAAAUACCUGAGGAACAAUUGAAAGAAUUAACUCUAAAAUUUUUGAAAUUUAAAAAUGCACAAGCAAAUUCAGAUUUAAACUUAAGACAGUUUAUACUUAUGAAUAAAUCAUUUACUGACAAAAUUAAAGGAAAAGUCCAUAAGGAACAAUUAAUUGAUGCUGGUAGAAAAUUAAUGUCUAACGAAACAAUUGAUGAAGCUUAUUUAAAACUGUUUAGUGCAUCAUUAACCAAACCACAAGCAUGUUUUAAUUUUGAUUGCUUUGAUAGAUCAUUAGCGGAUCUCAAUAUUAAGCUAGAAACCACUCCAAUAGAAACUGAUAAAUCAUUUUUACAACUACCUACUCCAAUCUUAGAUUCAGCUAAUAAAAACUUAUUAACAGUUUGUUAUUAUAUUGCAUUAAAGUUCAACAAGAAAUUAGGAGUAUCAAGUUUAGAGUUACCAGAAAUGAUAACAAAACAAGCAACAGUAGCAUUUGAAUAUUAUAAUUAUCAAGUGUAUAAACAAAUUUUAAUACAUUCAAAGAUGGCAAAUAUUCAUAAUGAACAACUUUUUUAUUUAUUAACUAAGGAAAAGAAACUAUUUAAAUUAAUCAAUAAAGUUAAUGGAUUUGAUCGUCCUCUCUUUGGCGAUCAAAAACUUACUGAUACAUAUAAACGAAUGAUUGAAGCUAAAGCAUUUAAUGAAUAUUAUGAUUUAAAGUUUCAAAUACAAAUAUUCAAUCAGUUUUUAGCAAUAUUGUUAAUUGAUAAUCAAAAGGGAUUAGAUGAAUGGACUGAAAAUUUGGUUAAAAGUGUUCUUAUACAAGUUGAAGGUAAAAGAGACAUUGACGCAUAUUUGAGGAAUUUCAAUAAAUUGUUUGGCUACACUCCGGAUAAAUUGUAA